AGCCUGAUUCCAUGUCCCCCGCUGCCUCCCUGCCAGACUCCCGAAGAUGAUGGCCAUGAACGCCAAGCAGCCUUUCGGCAUGCACCCCGUACUGCAAGAACCCAAAUUCUCCAGCCUGCACUCCGGCUCUGAGGCCAUGCGCCGAGUUUGUCUCCCAGCCCCGCAGCUGCAGGGUAAUAUAUUUGGAAGCUUUGAUGAGAGCCUGCUGGCACGCGCAGAAGCUCUGGCGGCGGUGGAUAUCGUCUCCCACGGCAAGAACCAUCCGUUCAAGCCCGACGCCACCUACCAUACCAUGAGCAGCGUGCCCUGCACGUCCACCUCGCCCACGGUGCCCAUCUCCCACCCGGCUGCACUCACCUCGCACCCGCACCACGCGGUGCACCAGGGCCUCGAGGGCGACUUAUUGGAGCACAUCUCGCCCACGCUGAGCGUGAGCGGCCUGGGGGCCCCGGAGCACUCGGUGAUGCCUGCGCAGAUCCACCCGCAUCAUCUAGGCGCCAUGGGCCACUUGCACCAGGCCAUGGGCAUGAGUCACCCGCAUGCCGUAGCGCCUCACAGUGCCAUGCCUGCGUGUCUCAGCGACGUGGAGUCAGACCCUCGAGAGCUGGAAGCCUUCGCCGAGCGCUUCAAGCAGAGGCGCAUCAAGUUAGGGGUAACCCAGGCGGACGUGGGCGCGGCUUUAGCCAAUCUCAAGAUCCCUGGCGUGGGUUCACUCAGCCAGAGCACCAUCUGCAGGUUCGAAUCUCUCACCCUGUCGCACAACAACAUGAUCGCGCUCAAGCCGGUCCUCCAGGCCUGGCUGGAGGAGGCGGAGGCCGCCUACCGAGAGAAGAAUAGCAAGCCGGAGCUCUUCAACGGCAGUGAGCGUAAGCGCAAACGCACGUCCAUCGCGGCUCCAGAGAAGCGCUCACUUGAAGCCUAUUUUGCUAUCCAGCCACGUCCUUCAUCCGAGAAGAUCGCGGCCAUCGCUGAGAAACUGGACCUUAAAAAGAAUGUGGUGAGGGUCUGGUUCUGUAACCAGAGACAGAAACAGAAGCGAAUGAAGUACUCGGCGGUCCACUGACUACGGCGGGUGCGGCAUCCGGAGGAGCCGGGAGAGCCUAGUGGCGUCGCCCCCUUCCGAUGGGAGGGACCUUUACGGGACACUCCAGGGUGUUUCCUGGCAGGUCAGGCUCUCUCCCCCCAGUCACAGACUUUCCCCCUUUGUCCCGCCUAAUUGCCUCCUGACCGUCUCUUCCUCCCUUUCCUCUCUAUACCCACAAAAAAAAAAAAAAAAAAAGUUCUGGCGCUAGGGUAAAAAAAAAUUCAAGGGAAGGCCUGGCGGAACUUUGUGCUGUCCGCGGUGCUGAAACUCACCCUUGAGCGUGCAGGACCUGAGACCUGUAGCCCCAGGCUGACUGGCUAGUGGAUUGACCCCGCCGUCAGACUCCACGGUGAAAGUACCACUUCUUUGCUAAGCCUCAUUAGGCAAGGGCAAAGGUAAGGAAAAGAGUGAUAGAUAACAAUAUAAAGUCUAGGAUAUUUAAGCAGGACACAAACAUGGAGAUUAAUUUAUUAGAGUAUAUAAAACACACAUAUGUUUCCAAAGGAUAGCCUUAUAAUAACUCCCUUCUGCGCCUAAAUUAUACCCAUAAUAUCCGUUGGUUUACCGUACAUUCUCAUUAAGUAGCAUGGGUUAAUGUGUGGGGAGAUGGGAGUUCCGGGCUAUUGGUGGUCAGUAGGAUUCCAGGCAAGGUUGGGCCCAACCCAGCCCCUGAAAAAUGCUUGAGAUGUCUUUGGUGAGCAGAGGUCAGUGCUAACUCGGGCUACCAUCCUCAACCUCCUGGAGUUUGAAGAGCAAUUGCCUUUUGGAGGGCCGGGGUUGGUUGGUGGUUCCAGACCAGACCAACUGAAGACUCCCCAUCUGUGCCCACAGUGACUGUAACUUCUGGAAUCAUAUGCAAAUCCUUCCAACACAUCUAACCUAACUGUUGCACUUUUAUUACCGUGGCUGUUGGCAACGUUAGUUCUUGUUACUUAUUUAACUCCACUUCUCCUGCCCCUUUUGUGUGUCUCUCUGUGGAAGUCCGCUUAUAGUUUUAAGCCAGCAAAAGAGCAGGACCACAGACAGAACGGGACCCUUCUCACUGCAGCCACAGCUUUCUCAGAGUUGAUUUUUCGUUGCUUCCUGUAGUUUGGGUGUUGCUGUGUGACCUUUGGUUUCAU